ACCAAAAAGCGGGAGGUUCCAUCCAACCCCAACUUCACACAUUGGUCAAAUGGCUCCCAAUUUUGAUCUGGAACGUGUCCGGCAGGAAAUAGUGUUGGCCAACAUCCAGGAGCUACUUCAGAAGAUGACACGGCGAUGCUUCAGCGACUGUGUCGGUGUUCCGGGCCUGGAGCUGCGAUCCGAGGAGCGGGAGUGCUUGGACAACUGCAUGGACCGGUUCAUGGACGCGGUCCAGGUGGUAUCCCGUCAGUACUUUCGUCGCCGCCGCCGUCAGCAACAACAGCCGCUCCGCCCCAGCCGAUCAACUGCCACGGCACCUGGAGCAGGCAGUUCAUUCUCCGUCCCAGCAACGGCAUCCGCAUCAGCAUCCUCGUCAGCAUCUUCAUCGGCAUCAACAUCCGCUUGUAAAUCCUCGAGCUCAUACGUACCACUCGACAAGAAGGGCAAGUCCUCGCCAGUUCCCACAUCCCAUUCCUCGGAGUAGUUGUCGAGUCGUAACAGUAGUUUCUAUGAUGU